AUGGCCUCUACCCACCGCAUUGUGCCCAGCUCCGAUGAUACCAGCACCCUCGCUCGAACCCUCCUCGAUGAUGCUUUGGUCGGGCGAAGACGUCUCAUGAAGAUUGGCCUCGCGUUCAAACAGACCCGCUCCAUAGUUCGAAAUAUGGGCAAGCUGUCAAGAUCUUGCGAACAAGGUCGCACGGAUUGGGAGAAGUUGAUUUUGGAGGAAGCGUCGGAAAUCGUGAAUGCGCAGGAAGUGCCUCGAGGUCACUUCCCUAGCGGUGCGUACAUCAGUUCGAAUAGAAUCACACCGGACUAUUUUGGCCAAAGUGCGGAAAGUAUUCGUGAAACGCAGAUCAAGACCGGAAUGAAUUUCCUUCAUUCACUGAUUCAUGGGAAACUCGCGAUCAGUUUGAAUAUAAAUCAACCGGAGGCCGAAGACAAUGACGAUGGUGGAACUGGCCCCGAGAUGCUUAGUCAACAAUCCACUGAGUCGUAUCUGCAGGACACGGAGGCUCCUGCAGAUAGAGAUACGAACUUGGAUCGCUCGCUGGAUGAAGAAACGGUACUCUCAAUGGAGAAUUUAGUUUAUGUCAAGGCCACCCCCGCGGACCAGGCGGUUCUGAAACUGACCAAGCUGCCUAUUUUCAUAUGUGCGAUGAUAGCUGUCAGCUGCAAUCGCAGAGCGAAUGCUAUACCCAUGGCGAAUAGUUUGAUGACUUACGCGGGAGGUGUAUCCUGUCGCGUCAACGAAUGGUUACAUUGUCACGGUAUCACAACGUCUCGAAGGAGCUCACUAUCAGCAAUGGACCAUCUGCGUCACUUACAAGAAGAUAGAAUGAUGGACUUGUUCAAAGCUAAAUGCAGCAAGGAUGCUGUCAGCCUCGCCGCCUUUUGCGAUGCAAUGUCAAGAGCGGACCGCAAAGCUGUUACGAUGUCAUCAUUUUGUUCGACCCCUGCCGAAGCGGAGCAUUGGAAAUCAGUGGUGAAGUGUCAAAUAGCCACAGCCCUCAAGGAAUACGCCACUUACCUACCAGGGUCGCCUGACCCCAGACUCCUCCCGCAGCUGCAGACUAGACCUCCGCCAGUCGACCAAAUCGAGAUGCACCAACCUAAUAUCCAUUUCCUACGUAUGAUGGAUGCGCCGGAUUCGUCCGCUGAAGGAGUAUUGCGCGUUAUCGACGCUGUCAUUGCUCAGAUUGGUCUGGACAAAUCUGAAUAUGCCCAGAGUCUUUUGGUGGCUGGAGGCGAUGUUGGCUCGAAUCAAUUGUUGGAGAGUCUUAGAGUGAAGAGAUUCCCUCCGAUUGAUUCAGUUGAAGCUAACCUGGUUCAUUCGAUAAGCCAAAUCAUGGGAAGCGAUAAGGAUCUUCAUUUGACUCAGGCCGAGGACUGUGAGCAUGUCAUCGACAAGGUAUGGGAUACUUACUUUGACGCUGCCGCUUUAGAAGCGGCAAGCUCGCAGGCAUCUGAUCGUGGAGUUAUACCGUUUGUUGAACAUGCAUUGCAUACACGGGCAGCUACGAAAACUCCUGCAGCUCUUCAAAAUACACUCUGGACACACUUUGCUAUUUCAACCCAACCUAAACUCGAUUACUGGCCCCAGCCUGUUGGCUUUCCUUGCUUACGCCAAAGAUCACUUAGGCGAGGUGCGUGCUAG